CAAUAAAGACAGAGGAUGUGCAGCUGUAAGCAGAAAGACAAUGAAAGCAAACAGGACUGCUGAUGUUUUACAAUGGAUCCCAAAUUGGGRGAAAAAAAUGAUGCAACAUCUCUUACAGUGCGACACAGUGUCACUGGUUUUCAUCAAGACUCUACACAGAUUUGUUGAGUGGACUUAGAGAGAGUUUAAUCCCCUCCUCAAGUGGGGAGGAGGGGAGCAACAGGAAGACUGGCAGCCAUGCUGACCAGCUUUAUUGAAGGCCUCCUCUGCUGCCUCGCCUCCAAAUCAGCCAACGUCGUUGUUCCUGUGGAGUCCUCCGAAGCCGCAGACGGCUACGAGUUCGUGGAGGUGAAACCGGGCCGGGUCCUGCGGGUUCGCCACAUCCUCCCRGACCGGCCGGUGGUGGAGGAGCCCACGCAGGGUGGGAUCGUGAGCUGCAAGAGAAAGAUCACAGUCUACCGCAGUGGACAGCUGUUCAUCGAGAACCUGGGCGAGAGGGCGAGCGCCGAGCUGAAAACCUGCCAGAACGGAGACACGGAGCCCAACAGCACGGUGGAGGUGGAGCUGACAGAYGGUCGGAACUCCUCACCGCCUGUCAGCAUACCCGAGGCUCGCUCAGAGUCGGUCGCAGCUGGAAACAACACGGCGACGCCUGAAACAGGAGCAUCAGGAGAAGCGCCUGCCGCAGGACAGCAUGAACCGAGCCAACCACCCCGCAAACGGAGGAGGAAACCCAAACGGACCCUGGUGAUCGACUGCGAGAGGAGGAUCGCCUCCUGUAAGGGGACACAUUCCGACGUGGCUCUGUUCUUCAUCCACGGGGUGGGGGGCUCCCUGGACAUCUGGGGGAGCCAGUUGGACUUCUUUUCCCGACUUGGUUACGAGGUGAUUGCCCCCGACUUGGCAGGGCACGGGGCCAGCUCAGCUCCACAUAUAGCUGCAGCGUACACCUUCUACGCCCUGGCUGAAGACAUGAGACUAAUAUUCAAAAGAUACGCAAAGAAGAGGAAUAUUCUCAUAGGACAUUCGUACGGUGUGUCAUUCUGCACGUUCCUGGCCCACGAGUUUCCAGAUCAGAUCCACAAGAUGGUGAUGAUCAAUGGUGGUGGUCCCACAGCUCUGGAGCCCAGCCUCUGCUCCAUCUUCAACCUGCCCACCUGUGUGCUGCACUGCCUCUCCCCUCUGCUGGCCUGGAGCUUCCUGAAGGCCGGYUUUGCUCGGCAGGGUUCCAAGGAGAAGCAGCUGCUGAGGGAGAACAAUGCCUUCAAUGUGUCGUCAUUCGUGUUGCGUGCCAUGAUGAGCGGACAGUACUGGCCCGAGGGGGACGAGGUCUACCACGCCGAGCUGACGGUACCGGUCCUGCUCGUUCACGGCAUGCACGACAAGUUCGUCCCUGUGGAGGAGGACCAGCGAAUGGCAGAGAUUCUCCUCAUGGCGUUUCUGAAGGUCUUGGAGGACGGUAGUCACAUGGUCAUGUUGGAGUGUCCUGAGGCCGUCAACUCUCUCCUGCAUGAGUUCUUCCUCUGGGAACCAAUCACCCUUCCACCACCGAAAAAGGAGCCCAAAACCCGUCCGGAAACCGCCAAAGCUCAAACAGAAAACACCCGGUCCUCAUCCGAGUCCGCCAAGGUCCGGCCUUCAUCUGCCAAGCAAACCUAACCGAACCGAGUCAGAGUGAAGCUGUUCCAGAUCACAGCUCAGGCAGCACUUCCUGAAAAUUGAGCUGCAAAACCUGAAGAGGAACCAGUUCAUCAGAGCCGGUUUGUUGGUCCUACCAAGGUUAGAAACACUCCGGAGAGUUCAGCUACUGAAAUAAACAAGAAGAUGGUUCAAUUUUCAGCUCACAGGUGUCUCAAACAUGCAGCUUAGGAAGACGUGGUCGUGCCUUGAAGUUGCUUUCUGAGAAAAUUUAAAAAAGUAAUUCAGAGCCACAGGAAGGAUGGUGAGAAAAAACAACCAAAUGGCAAAAGAGAUGAUCUUUGACGUGAAACUGGGAGUAAAAAUCAUCUUGAUUUUAACACUUUUAAAACAGACUGUUUGGAUGCUGGGGUGUGUUUUGUAACGGUAACACUUAUUUUAAAGCAUCAUAGACUUUAACAAGAGUAAAGAAAAUAGUUCACCAAAUUAAAAAAAAUUGUAUUUUUCACUUUUUACAUCUUAGUUUACCCAACAGAUAAGCAAGAGAUUUUGCACCGCGCGCCAAGAAAUGUUGUCAUCCUUGAAUAGUAAAGAGAUGUGGAUACAAGUYCAGAGAUGAAUGUUGUGACUCGUCAAGCUGAAAAGAACAAAAGUCUGAUUAAAUGCUGCUCAGGACAGAAGUGAAAGUAAAUCUGCUGCUUCCUUAAACGAUGCUCAGUCAAGCACACAGGAUUAAAUUUAGUACAAGUUCAUCAAACCUUCAAGCCUCAUCUGAACACAUAAAACUCAGGUGUUAAAACUAUGCAAAGAUUUGCUGAUGGAUCUGAAAAAUACCAAUGCUGUGUUCAUUUUACACAAAAUUACUCACAGUUCUCAGGGUAAACAAGUAAAACCAUCAUUUUAUGCUUUAUGGAUUUUAGCUUUUUUCUUUUUAGACAAGCGGUAAUAAAAUGUUUUUAUUCCAGUACAUUUUGUAACAUGGUGAAAAAAAUGUUUAAAGUAUAAAAAUAUUUCAUAACGUACUGCAUUCAUUUCAAAUACAUUCAUCAAAUUUUUAAUACCUUGUACAAAUGAAAUUUAAAAGGUUUUAACUGACAAAUUUUAUAAGGUAUAUACAUAUUUCUUACCUGUAAAAAAAAGGUUUACAGUUGAAAUUGAACGUGAUCAUUUAUGAAUUAUGUAAAUUAAUGUAUUCCUGCAUAUUUUCAGGUUUUUUUUAACAAACUUUUCAUAUUUUUACAGAGAGCUGCAGAAUGUGAGGACGAUCAGAGAUUUCACUUCUUUAGUAUUAGAUUUUUUGUAUGUAGAAAAUACUUUUUGCACUUCAGUUUUUAAAGUUUAUUUUUUAGAGUUUAGACAAAAUGUAGCAAACAUUUAAUCAGAGAAAAUCACCUGAUUCUGAGGGAAACUGUUCAUUUUACAUGUUGUGUGUCUUAUAUUUUGUAUUUGCCUUCAGCAACGACAAACUGCUGAUUUUAAAAGCGCGGUUAUUUUGUGAAUUUUAUGUUUUAGCAAACUUGUGUUUGUUCCUUUUUCUACAUUUUUUGUGACUACAAUAAAUGUUUACUGAGA